AUGUCUUCUAUGGGGCCACAACUCCCUUCGCACCUGCAAAACCGCAAGAGAAGCCAUGAUCAUGACGACCAUGACGACCAUGACGACGAAUCGUCCGACUCCUCGACUGGCCCUCUCCCUCCCUCUUCGGCGAAAUCUGCUCAAGAAGGCACAAACCCCGCCGCAAAGCGACCUCGAGUCAUCGGUCCAACCCUGCCACCAGCACCUUUGGACGAACGCCCGCCCUCAGGGCCUGCGCGAGCAGCCGACGACGGGGACUCUGACACAGAUGAUGACGAUGGUGAUGAUGAUUUCGGCCCCAGGCUACCCUCAGCCAACAACCACCCUACAAAGUCUUCCGCACCUUCGGCGAUAGGUCCGCAAGUUGCUACAGCUGCAGCGUCAUCGGCGCCGGUAAAGCGCGAUGAAUGGAUGACAUUGGCGCCAUCCCACGGAGACUGGUCUGCAAGAGUUGAUCCUACCAAAUUGAAGAAUCGUAAAUUCAACACUGGACGGGGGGCAAAGGGCCCUUCACAAGCUACCGGCGGUGGAGGGGAUGCUUCCUGGCAUGAAACCCCAGAGGAGAAGCAAGCAAGAUUGAAGAGGGAGGUCAUGGGUAUUGAUACCGCUUCUACCUCAGCCAGAUCAUCGAAGUCGGGUUCAGCAAGCAAUCCUCACGAUGAAGCCACGGCGCGAAGACUGAAAGAAUACAGUGACACCCAACGAGGACCAUCCCUCUACGCCACCCACACCGCCUCCCAGAAUAAGCCUCUGGAUGAUGAUCCCAGUGCCCGUGCCUUUGAUCGAGAAAAAGACGUUGGGGCUGGUUCGACAAUCACCGCCACUCAGCGCAGGGACAUGAUAAACAAGGCCGCAAACUUCUCAUCGAGAUUUGAGAAGGCGAGGUAUCUGUAA